AUGGCAGAACCUGUAGGUCUAGCCUCUGGCCUACUGGCUUUGGCAACUUUUGCAUUCAAGGCUAGCCUAUCUCUUUACGAGACAAUCAAUAGCUUCCGGUCUCACACAAAACGCGUACGCGACCUGAUUGAGGAGCUGGAGGCUUUGAGCGAAGUCCUCGCCCCGCUCCAGGAGCUGUUAGAUACCACCACUGAUGAGAGCCUAUCUGCACUCGAACUACCACUACGACGCUGCGGCAAUGCGUGCAGCGAGUUCGAACAGGAAAUAGUCAAAUACUCAUCACGGUCCGCUGACCGAACCAGCUUCCGAGACUGGGCCAAGUUACGGUACCUGGGGGAUGAUGAUAUCGAUGGCUUCAGACGAAGUCUAUCCGGGUACAAACUAACCAUCAAUGUUGCCCUUACCGAUGCAAACCUCCGCAAAAGCUCCGCCAAUGCCGAGGCCAUUGAAAGCUACAAGGCUCUCAUAGAGACGACCAAAGCUGAUCUUGAGGCCCACCUGGAAGCCAUCGACGACAAGCUGCAGCUCAUUGUGGGGCAAACCGUGACCGCAGAAGACUCAGAUGCCCUGGAACUGCGGCGAAUCAAGGAAGAGCGCCUGAGCACAGUGAAAUGUCUUCAAAUAUGUAACCAGUUAUCCGACCAUAUUGCUCAGAUCCAGCUCUCAACCAAGAGCAAUGACACUUCCGGGGGAUCAUCGGGUUCCGAUGUUUACCCAGAAAGAGUCACCGACGAGAGCUUGCAGGACUGUAAAACUAAACUCGCCGACACGAUCACCCAAUUGGAAAAGCAUAUGCAAGCCCUGACGGACCGAUUACUAGUCAAGUCGAAAGCAGCUAUGACGUCUGAGCAAGACAUUUUGGACCUGAAAAGGCUACAGGAUGAGUGGCAAACCGCCCACCAGUGCAUGGACAUCUGCUCCAAGGCCGAUACCCGCCUAAAGGAAAAUAUCAGCAAUAUCCAUAACUACGGCACCGGGGACGCCUUGCAAUUCAUGGUUUCGACUAACGGAAAGACCCUUAAUGGUACGAACCGAGGUCUGGGAUGGAGAUCGAGGCAGGUUGGAGGCCACCUCAGCGAUGCCUCCGUCCAACAGUUAUCACGUGAUAUGACCAAUGUCAACUUUCGCAUAAUCGAAGCCGACGGCCAAACUGUGCGAGAUUAUACCAAUACGAUUCGUGAUCGUAAUGGCGAUGCUUCCUCUGUGGAAGAAUUCAGGGAGCGGUAUGGGCAAGGUUUUACGCUUACCCCGAAGUCUAGGACUACAUAA